AGGAAAAGAAAAUAAAGGAUUUACAAAAAAAGAGGGUGAGUAUAUAAGAGCAACCAUAACUACCUUCUCGACUCGCAAAUCUCUCCCAUUUCUUCCUCUAUUUGUCCGAAACACCCCGAUAAAUCUCCCCUCUAUCUUCUCCAGCUUAUAUCGCGCCCGAUCCCUCUCGAUCUCGGCCUGAAAUCUCAGGAACGGACGUCGAGUUGCUUGGAUAUGGCCACCUAUACACCCAAGAACAUCCUUAUUACUGGUGCAGCUGGCUUCAUUGCAUCCCAUGUUUGCAACCGGCUGAUCAGGAAUUACCCUGAUUACAAGAUUGUCGUACUUGAUAAGCUUGAUUACUGCUCAAAUCUGAAAAACCUCCUUCCCUCUAGGUCAUCCCCCAACUUCAAGUUUGUCAAGGGAGACAUUGCCAGUGCUGACCUUGUCAACUUCCUUCUGAUUACUGAGUCCAUUGAUACUAUAAUGCACUUUGCUGCUCAAACCCAUGUUGAUAACUCCUUUGGUAAUAGCUUUGAGUUCACCAAGAACAACAUCUAUGGUACCCAUGUUCUCCUAGAAGCCUGCAAAGUGACAGGCCAGAUUAGGAGAUUCAUCCAUGUAAGCACUGAUGAGGUCUAUGGGGAAACAGAUGAGGAUGCUCUUGUUGGAAACCACGAGGCUUCUCAACUCCUCCCAACAAAUCCCUACUCUGCAACAAAAGCUGGGGCUGAAAUGCUUGUAAUGGCAUAUGGGAGAUCAUAUGGCUUGCCUGUGAUUACUACCAGAGGAAACAAUGUUUACGGGCCCAAUCAGUUUCCUGAAAAGCUAAUUCCAAAGUUCAUCCUCUUGGCCAUGAGAGGUAAGCCACUUCCAAUUCAUGGUGAUGGAUCUAAUGUGAGGAGUUAUCUCUAUUGCGAGGAUGUUGCCGAGGCUUUUGAAGUCGUUCUCCACAGGGGAGAAGUUGGUCAUGUUUACAACAUUGGGACAAAGAAAGAAAGAAGAGUUAUUGAUGUGGCUAAGGAUAUAUGCAAGCUUUUCUCAUUGGAUCCCGACUCAGUUAUUAAAUUUGUCGAUAACAGACCAUUUAAUGACCAGAGGUAUUUCUUGGAUGAUCAGAAGCUGAAGAACUUGGGCUGGUCAGAACGGACAACAUGGCAGGAGGGUUUAAAGAAGACUAUGGAAUGGUAUAUAAACAAUCCUGAUUGGUGGGGUGAUGUCUCUGGGGCUUUGCUGCCUCACCCUAGAAUGCUUAUGAUGGCUGGAACUGAAAGACAUUUUGAUGGAUCUGAAGAUAGCAAUUCAACCUCUCAUGUAUCAAGAAAUCCUAAUCCCACCCGUAUGGUGGUUCCAGUUUCAAGGAGCAACAGCUCCAUUAAUAGACCACCUUUAAAGUUCUUGAUUUAUGGUAGGACAGGGUGGAUUGGGGGUCUUCUUGGAAAGAUAUGUGAGAAACAAGGGAUACCCUUUGAGUAUGGUAGAGGGCGCCUGGAGGAACGAUCACAGAUAAUUGCUGAUGUCCAGAAUGUUAGGCCAACCCAUGUUUUCAAUGCUGCUGGUGUAACUGGGAGACCCAAUGUUGACUGGUGCGAGUCUCACAAAGCAGAGACAAUUCGCACCAAUGUUGCAGGUACUUUGAACUUAGCAGAUGUCUGCAGGGAGCAUGGUCUCCUCAUGAUGAAUUUUGCAACUGGGUGCAUAUUUGAGUAUGAUGCUGCACACCCAGAAGGAUCAGGCAUUGGAUUCAAAGAGGAAGACAAACCUAAUUUCACUGGUUCAUUUUAUUCAAAGACCAAGGGCAUGGUUGAAGAGCUAUUGAAAGAAUAUGAAAAUGUUUGCACCCUCAGAGUCCGAAUGCCAAUAUCUUCUGACCUUACCAAUCCACGCAACUUCAUCACAAAGAUUUCUCGCUAUAACAAGGUGGUUAACAUUCCAAACAGCAUGACCAUAUUGGAUGAGCUUUUACCAAUUUCUAUUGAGAUGGCAAAACGGAACUGCAGGGGGAUAUGGAACUUCACAAACCCUGGUGUUGUGAGCCAUAAUGAGAUUUUGGAGAUGUACAAGAAAUACAUUGACCCUGACUUCAAGUGGGUUAACUUCACACUGGAAGAGCAGGCCAAGGUAAUAGUUGCUCCUCGAAGCAACAAUGAAAUGGAUGCAUCCAAGUUGAAGAAGGAGUUCCCUGAGUUGCUACACAUCAAGGAAUCACUGAUCAAGUAUGUCUUUGAACCCAACAAGAAGGUCUUUACUGGGGAGGCAAAAUAAGGAUUUUGGUGGCUUUAGCUCUCAGGAUUGACCCCUGCAUUUUGUGUUAGUAGUAGGUUUUGGAUUAUCUUCACACUGUUACCAGUUCCAGUUAUUCUUCAUUAGUAACUUCAUUUCACCCUUAGCCUUCUUAUUUCUAGUAGGAUAAUUCCAUGAGGACAUCUUCUUGUGCCAUUUCCUUGUAGUAUGUUGAUAUAGGCCCGUGGUUCUCUUUGGAGGAACGUUAGGUUAGGAUGUAUUUUUUAUAUAUUUGAGGUCUUCGCUUGCAAGCA